AUGGCAUUCAAUGAAGAUUCGUCAGGCUCUGGACACGAUGAACCGUGGAUACAGUGGUUCUGCGGUCUGAAAGGCCACGAAAUGUUUUGCGAAGUGGAACGAUCGUACAUUGAAGAUGGAUUCAAUCUUUAUGGACUGCGAGCGUGUGUCUCCAACUUUUCCGAUUGUCUCGAUCUCAUUCUCGAUCGAAUUGGACCCGAUGAUUCGGACGACUCCCAUUUGACACAGAGUGCUUGUACUCUCUACGGUCUUAUACAUGCUCGAUAUAUCAUUACGGCUCAUGGACUCGAUGCCAUGUAUAAUAAGUACGCUGCCAAAGAAUUUGGCACUUGUCCGCUGGCACAAUGUCAAGGCCAACCCGUAUUACCGGUCGGACUCAAGGACGAAAUGGGCGCCGACACGGUCAAAAUCUUUUGUCCCAAAUGUCAAUGUGUCUAUCAUCCACCUCCCAUUCGAUCACGGAGUUCCAGUCAUCACGGAGCGGGGGCUGCCGGGGUCGAUGGGGCCGCCUUUGGGACUACUUUUCCGCACUUGUUUCUCAUGACAUUUUCCAAUCUCGUUCCCGAUCCACUACCACCCAACUCGGCAUAUGUCCCACGCGUCUUUGGUUUCCGCGUACACAUGUCGGCACGACAGAGGAAUACACCCGCCGGGACCGUCGCUGCAGCUCCCGAUACGAAUAAUAAUCCAAAGGCCAACAAUAGCAAGAGUCGAGUGUCCAUGCGAAAAUCAUCCUCUUCUGCCGUGGCAGCCGCCAAAAAAGAAGCCGCACCCACUGACGCGGCUGCUGCUGCCAAAAACUCACCACCCAACAAGGCGCCCAAUGCCAAAAACGACGAUGGAAGUGCCGCACCUUCCAUCAAAAGCGAAACGGCCGAUACGAGCAAACCAACCGCCGCCAAAUUAUCCUCCAAUAUUGCCCGCAAUAAUAAUAAUAAGACGGGAGGGAGCAACAAACGACGAUCUGAUGGAGAAGAGAGUGGACCCAAAAAGGAUGGAUUCUUGGUAGAUUCCAGCGCCGUCAAGAGGAGAAAACGACAGGAUGGUUAG